GAUGUCGGCUCGAUUCCGGUCUCUCUUUGCCAGUCUCGAUCAAGCGCGUCGAACAUUGGCCACGGAUCCUCUAGCAGUCUUCAGAACUCUCCGGAAAGAUAGGACUUCGGAAGAUAUUUCGCGAGCUCACAAGUUUUGGCUCGAUCAUGAGACACGGAGACGGAUUCUCCAAGCGUCGACCGUACUGGAUCAUCAACAGGUGACCUUGUUCGAACAACCGCCGACGAUUGUUCAACACGGGCGACCCAGGAGGACCACAAGCCCGAGUCUACGGUGCAACAUUCCUCUGCCUUGCUCCGAAGAACUUUGGGAAACCAGUCCCAUCGAGAAUUGGGUCCAGAUGGCCGCGAACACGGACGCAUUCAAGCCACGGUCGCAUCGGCAAGACUCGAGUAUCACAUCAACCCCCGACUAUUUUCAGAGCCUGGUCAGUAUGGUAGCCUGCCAAGGGUUGCCUGACCAGGCACCAACUCGGCAGGAGCGACUAGGAGACGCAGCGGCCUAUAUGGCUUUCAACCGGCAUGCCUUGGAGAUGGCCCGGAAUACGCCUAUCAGGCAGUUGCUCGUGACCAGUGGCGAGUCCUGGAUCUUGGGGAAGAAGUUGGAAAACGAGGCCGAGUUCCAGGACGCCAAACGCGUCCUGAGGGCCUGGGCCGAUUCCAACUUCCAAAGUCGGAUUGCCAUGUGGCAUGCCACCCAGCUGAUUCGCAGCCGUGUCAAGUUUUCAUAUUCCGAACCUACGAGGACCGAACUGGUGGUCACGUUCCAGGAAACCCAUAUGCUCCAAGAGCCGUGGGUCUUGUACCUUGCGGCGCUCGUUUGUUGGGCUUACGGCCUUUCGGCAUCGGCGGCAGCCUUGGAUGGCAACGGACAAGGUUCGGGCGCCGGCUCAACAGCCAGCGAUCCACAUUCCAACCCAUCUCGAACGCCGAGUUCGUCUUCGGCACAUCCGGCGCUCCUCGACUCUCACGAAGCUGCGUAUUCGAUGAGAGAGUAUCUCAAGGCCACCGACGUCGACAAGGUGGACGGCAUUCUCGGCGUCGACCCAGAUAUGUUUGGUCGGACACAUGGUCUCCUCGAAGUCAUUCGACUGAACAAGAUUGGUUCACUUCUAGGAGGACUCAUGAACGAAGCUGAAAGGGUUCUUUAUCGACUUGUAGAGGGAAGGAGUCGUUUGUCACAUUUUUAGAGCAAGUAAAAGCGGGAGAGAUGUGUGUGUUUUUUUGGGGGUUUCUGAUUCCAGCAUUUUUCUUUCCCUGAGAUUGGGCUUUCUUGGGUUGGGGGGAACCAUUCUGUCACGACCAUGAUGACCACGUUUAUGACGACUACGAAAAGAUUUGUUGUUUGAUAGGUUUUUGUUUUUUUGUUUUUGACUUUCUGAUCGUUUGGUUUAUCUUGUGGACUUUAGGAUACCAGCAGAGGUGUUUUGAUACCAUGGCUACCACUGUACAGAGAACCUCAGCGUAUGGCGUGUUGGGCUUUUUGUUUUCAAAUCGAAUCCGGAAAGACCUUGAAAGAUGUUGUUUGUUUUUCUUGGGAAAGCGAGCCCUGGUUCAAUGGGCAUUUUGAUCCCCCGGGCGAAAAAUUCAUGAACA